AUGGCAGCUUUCUUCUCGUCGUAUCGGAGUUUUGAGAAGUACCUCAGGGAUUACGAGGAAGAAACCAUAACUAAGUUUACAGUCUUAACUAAAGACCGCAGUUUUGGUCAGGACGAUCCAAAAGCAGGUCUGAAAAAGAUAAUGUGGGAGUUAAAAUAUGUGCCAUUUGAUGGGACACCCUUUGAGGUAGUUGGGAGGAAGAUCUAUUCCUGCCAUCAAGGAAUAGAUAAACAUAAAAAAGAGAAGCAGGCCAGACAACAAAAACUGCUUGAUGACCAAGCAGACCACAAUUACAGAGAGACGCGGUGUCUUGUGCAAGACACCAAAAAACUUGACUGUCCAGCAAAGGUCAAUGUUUUCCACAUUAUCAGGUUCCUUGACUACAAGGUAUUUACCGAGGUAUUAGACAAGAAUAAAGUGCUGUGUGUUUGCGCUUUACAGACAGACCUGUCAGCAGUACAUUUUGAGGAGCAAUAUGUGGCUUGCUUCCCAAAUGUUGAGGAGCAUGAGAACCAUCCUGUGGUAGGACAGGUCAGUUGCAAUAAGUAGAUUUUAGUUUAGUAGUUUAUUGUAAGGACUGACUCCAAAUAUGCUUUUUCCCACCGAUGGCGAACCAUCAGUUAUGUCCAUGUGUGUUUACAUGUAGAACUGCUAAUUUAAAGAGUUACAGGCAUUCCCUGAUACAUGAUAUCACUGAUUACUUUAGGCAGCUGAAGUCCGUGAGCCAGUGGAUCCUAGGGUGGAGAGGUACAUUGAGCAUUUAGCUUUGGCUGGUGUUAGAACAGUGAGUGAAGUUAGGA